GGACGGCCCCCGUUCCAGGCUCCGGCUAGCUUAUUCUGCGGCCGAGGACGGCAUUUAUAUACGCGCCCAGGCGCGCCCGAGUUUCCGCUUCGGCACGGGCACCGGAGGCUCGUUUUCCAAAUCCCUGCUUUUAAUUGCACCUGCCUUGCAGAUCACCUCUGGGGACCUGUGGGAGGAGCCGACGGGGGUGGAAGAUGUUGCUUCGCUUUGCAAAAGGAAGAAAACUUUGUCACCCAGCUGGAGACCUCUGCCACGCGUGACCCGGAGAGAGACCGGAGCCAGGACAGCCUGUGGCUUUGAUUUGGCAUCUGUUGAGCCCGUAGGAGGGAGAGGGCACGAGCUUGGCGUUCGCACCGGCCGCCAUCCCUCCUGGGCGCCGGGCGGCGGCCCGCGGUACCUGCUCCACCCUCCCCGCGGAAGUCCCCACGCGGUGUCUUCAGGGGGCAGGACAGUAAUAACGAGCACGCGGCUCCAGGCCGACAGCAGGGGCCGGACUAGGGAGGAGGGGACCGUAUUCCAGGAACGAGUCACCCGGAAUUAACUUCUGGUUAAAGUUAUGGGAAGCGCGGCCAUGGACACCAAGAAGAAGAAGGAUGUUUGCAGCCCCGGCGGGAGCAACGGCAAGAAAAAUCCCAGCCAGAAGAGGCGACCGCUGCGAGUGCACAUUCCGGACCUGAGUUCCUUCGCCAUGCCCCUCCUGGAUGGAGAUCUGGAGAGUUCAGAAAAGCAUUCCUCUCGUAAGGUGGACAGCCCCUUCGGCUCGGGCAGCCCCUCCAAAGGAUUCUUCUCCAGAGGCCCCCAGCACCGGCCCUCCAGCCCCGUGUCUGCUCCCGUGAGGCCCAAGACCAGCCCCGGCUCCCCCAAAACCGUGUUCCCGUUCUCCUACCAGGAGUCCCCACCCCGGUCCCCUCGCCGCAUGAGCUUCAGUGGGAUCUUCCGCUCGUCGUCCAAAGAGUCGUCCCCCACCUCCAACGCGUCUACCUCGCCCGGGGGCAUCCGCUUCUUCUCCCGCUCCAGAAAAACCUCGGGCCUCUCAUCCUCACCGUCGACACCCACCCAAGUGACCAAGCAACACACGUUUCCUCUCGAAUCCUAUAAGCAUGAGCCUGAGCGACUGGAAAAUCGUAUCUAUGCCUCGUCUCCCCCUCCGGACACGGGCCAGAGGUUCUGCCCGUCUUCCUUUCAGAGUUCGUCGAGGCCGCCGUCGGCAUCACCGACACACUACACUCCCUCCAAAACCGUAAGUCUGGCUUCGCUCGCUGGCCCUGCAGACGCAGGGCUUCGAAAAAGGAUUCUCUUUCAUGACAGAGCUGUCGAAGACUCAGAAAGUGGCGUUUACAUGCGAUUCAUGAGGUCACACAAGUGUUACGACAUCGUCCCAACCAGUUCAAAGCUUGUCGUCUUUGAUACUACCUUACAAGUUAAGAAGGCCUUCUUCGCCUUAGUAGCCAACGGAGUCCGGGCGGCGCCUCUCUGGGAGAGCAAAAAGCAAAGCUUUGUAGGAAUGCUAACAAUUACAGAUUUCAUAAAUAUACUACAUAGAUACUAUAAAUCACCCAUGGUACAGAUUUAUGAAUUAGAGGAACAUAAGAUUGAAACAUGGAGAGAGCUUUAUUUACAAGAAACAUUUAAGCCUUUAGUGAAUAUCUCUCCAGAUGCAAGCCUCUUCGAUGCUGUAUACUCGUUGAUCAAAAAUAAAAUCCACAGAUUGCCAGUUAUUGACCCUAUCAGUGGGAAUGCACUUUAUAUACUUACCCACAAAAGAAUCCUCAAGUUCCUCCAGCUUUUUAUGUCCGACAUGCCAAAGCCUGCCUUCAUGAAGCAGAACCUGGGCGCCCUGGGCAUCGGCACGUACGACAACAUCGCCUUCAUACACCCGGACACGCCCAUCAUCAAGGCCCUGAACGUCUUCGUGGAGAGACGGGUGUCCGCCCUGCCUGUCGUGGACGAGUCAGGAAAAGUUGUAGAUAUUUAUUCCAAAUUCGAUGUAAUUAACCUCGCUGCUGAGAAAACAUACAAUAACCUAGACAUCACAGUGACCCAGGCGCUCCAGCACCGCUCACAGUAUUUCGAGGGCGUCGUGAAGUGCAGCAGGCUGGAACUGCUGGAGACCAUUGUGGACAGAAUAGUGAGGGCUGAGGUCCAUCGGCUGGUGGUGGUGAAUGACGCGGAUAGCAUCGUGGGAAUCAUUUCCCUGUCAGACAUUCUGCAGGCCCUGAUCCUCACACCUCCAGGUGCCAAACAAAAGGAGCCAGAAACCGAGUGACCGCUGGGAUGGAGAAGCCCUCGAGGGGAACUUGAAUGACGACUCCAGGUCACACUUUGCCUCGUGAACACUGACUGCGCUGGGGGAGAGGAAAAUGGCUAAGAAUGUAUAUCAGGGUUUAGUGAUGGGUAUUUUCUCCAGUGAUGUGGAAACUAAGCAUAAAAAAAAAAAAAAAAAAA